AUGAAUAGAAUUGAGGCAGCACAGGGUCACAGUACAACAACUGGUUAUGUCAUCAACACCAGUGUCAGUGCCACUGCCAGUCCAAACAACAACAACCCCAUUGCUAAUCUCAGCACUGCCACUCGUAACACCACAACUGGAAAUGUGGACAUUACCAGCAUCAGUGCCAACACUGCAAGCCUCAACACCAAUGUCACUCCAGCUGCCAGUGUCAGCACCACCCUCACCAUGGCUAAUGUCAGCACUGCCACUAGAAACACCACAACUGGCAAUGGCGAUAACACCAGCAUCAGUGCCACAACCGCAAUACUCAACACAAGUAUCACUCCCACUGCCAGUAUAAACGCCACAAUGACCUUUGCUAGUGUCAGUACUCCCAUUGUCAGUACCACAACUGGUUAUGUCAGCAACACCACUGUCAGUGCCACUGUGGCAAGCCAGAACACCACUGUCAGUCCCACUGACAGUCUAAGCAACAACAACACCAUUGCUAGUGUCAGCACUGCCACUCAUAACACCACAACUGGCAGUGUGGACAUCAACAGCAUCAGUGCCAACACUGCAAGCCUCAACACCAAUGUCACUUCCACUGCCAGUGUAAAAACUACUAUCACCACUGCUAGUGUGAGUUCAGCCAUUGUCAAUACAACAACUGGUAAUAUCAAUAACAUCAGUGUCAGUGCCAAUACUGCAAGCCAGAACAACACUGUCAAUCCCACUGCCAAUCUACACAUCACCACCACUGCUAGUGUCAGCACUGCAACUUUUUUUAACACCACAAAUGUCGACAACAACACCAUAACUGCGACCACUGCAAGCCUCAACACCAAGGUCACAUCCACUGCCACUAUCACCAUUGCUAGUGUCAGCACAGCCCCACUAAACAUCACACAUAGCAACGUCAAUGCCACCAUCAGUGCUACGAAUGCAAGCGCCUACACCAAUGUCACUCCGGCUCCCAGUGGUAACACCACCCUCACCAUUGUUAAUGUCAGCACUGCCACUCUUAACACAACAACUGGCAAGGUGGACAUCACCAGCAUCAGUGCCAACACUGCAAGCCUCAACACCAAUGUCAUUCCAGCUGCCAGUGUCAACACCACCCUCACCAUUGCUAAUGUCAGCACUGCCACUAGUAACACCACAACUGGCAAUGGCCAUUACACCAGCAUCAGUGCCACCACUGCAAUACUCAACACGAGUGUCACUCCCACUGCCAGUGUAAACGCUACCAUCACCAUUGCUAGUGUCAGCACUGCCACUCAUGACACCAUAACUGGCAAUGGCAAUAACACCAGCAUCAGUGCUACAACUGCAAUACUCAACACAAGUGUCACUCCCACUGCCAGUGUAAACACCACCAUUGCCUCUGCUAGUGUCAGUACUUCCAUUGUCAGUACCACAAAUGGUUAUGUCAACAACACCAGUGUCAGUGCCACUGUGGCAAGCCAGAACACCACUGUCAGUCCUACUGCCAGUCUAAGCAACAACAACACCACUGCUAGUCUCAGCACUGCCACUCGUAACACCACAACUGACAAUGGCGAUAACACCAGCAUCAGUGCCAACACUGCAAUACUCAACACGAGUGUCACUCCCACUGCCAGUGUAAACGCCACUACCGCCUUUGCUAGUGUCAGUACUUCCAUUGUCAGUACCACAACUGGUUAUGUCAACAACACCAGUGUCAGUGCCACUAUGGCAAGCCAGAACACCACUGUCAGUCCUACUGCCAGUCUAAACAACAACAACACCAUUGCUAGUGUCAGCACUCCCACUCGUAAUUCCACAACUGGCAGUGUGGACAUCACCAGCAUCAGUGCCAACGCUGCAAGCCUCAACACCAAUGUCACUUCCACUGCCAGUGUAAACACUAUUAUCACCACUGCUAGUGUGAGUUCAGCCAUUGUCAAUAACACAACUGGUAAUAUCAAUAACAUCAGUGUCAGUGCCAAUACUGCAAGCCAGAACAACACUGUCAAUCCCACUGCCAAUCUACACAUCACCACCACUGCUAGUGUCAGCACUGCAACUUUUUUUAACACCACAAAUGUCGACAACAACACCAUGACUGCAACCACUGCAAGCCUCAACACCAAUGUCACAUCCACUGCCUCUAUCACCAUUGCUAGUGUCAGCACAGCCCCUCUGAACAUAACACAUAGUAACGUCAAUGCCACCAUCAGUGCUAUGACUGCAAGCGCCAGCACCAAUGUCACUCCGGCUCCCAGUGUCAACACCACCCUCACCAUUGCUAAUGUCAGCACUGCCACUUUUAACACCACAACUGGCAAUGGCGAUAACACCAGCAUCAGUGCAAAUAAUGCAAUACUCAACACAAGUGUCACUCCCACUGCCAGUGUAAACACCACCAUUGCCUUUGCUAGUGUCAGUACUCCCAUUGCCAGUACCACAACUGGUUAUGUCAUCAACACCAGUGUCAGUGCCACUGUGGCAAGCCAGAACACCACUGUCAGUCCCACUGCCAAUCUAAGCAACAACAACACCAUUGCUAGUGUCAGCACUGCCACUCGUAACACCACAACUGGCAGUGUGGACAUCACCAGCAUCAGUGCCAACACUGCAAGCCUCAACACCAAUGUCACUCUGGCUCCCAGUGUCAACACCACCCUCACCAUUGCUAAUAUCAGCACUGCCACUCGUAACACCACAACUGGCAAUAGUGAGAACACCAGCAUCAGUGCCACAACUGCAAUACUCAACACAAGUGUCACUCCCACUGCCAGUGUAAACGCCACCAUCACCUUUGCUAGUCUCAGCACUGCCACUCGUAACACCACAACUGGCAAUGGUGAGAACAUCAGCAUCAGUGCUACAACUGCAAUACUCAACACAAGCGUCACUCCCACUGCCAGUGUAAACACCACCAUUGCCUUUGCUAGUGUCAGUACUUCCAUUGUCAGUACCACAACUGGUUAUGUCAACAACACCAGUGUCAGUGCCACUGCCAGUCCAAGCAACAACAACACCAUUGCUAGUGUCAGCACUGCCACUCGUGACACCACAACUGGCAGUGUGGACAUCACCAGCAUCAGUGCCAACACUGCAAGCCUCAACACCAAUGUCACUCUGGCUCCCAGUGUCAACACCACCCUCACCAUUGCUAAUAUCAGCACUGCCACUCGUAACACCACAACUGGCAAUAGUGAGAACACCAGCAUCAGUGCCACAACUGCAAUACUCAACACAAGUGUCACUCCCACUGCCAGUGUAAACGCCACCAUCACCUUUGCUAGUCUCAGCACUGCCACUCGUAACACCACAACUGGCAAUGGUGAGAACAUCAGCAUCAGUGCUACAACUGCAAUACUCAACACAAGCGUCACUCCCACUGCCAGUGUAAACACCACCAUUGCCUUUGCUAGUGUCAGUACUUCCAUUGUCAGUACCACAACUGGUUAUGUCAACAACACCAGUGUCAGUGCCACUGCCAGUCCAAGCAACAACAACACCAUUGCUAGUGUCAGCACUGCCACUCGUAACACCACAACUGGCAGUGUGGACAUCACCAGCAUCAGUGCCACCACUGCAAGCAACAACACCUCAGUCGCACCCACUGCCAGUUUCAACACAACCAUUACCAUUCUGAGUGUCAGCACUGCUACUCGAAACACCACAACUGGCAAUGUGGAUAACACCACUAUCAGUCCCACAACUGCAAUACUCAACACAAGUGUCACUCCCACUGCCAGUGUAAACGCCACCAUCACCUUUGCUAGUGUCAGCACUGCCACUCGUAACACCACAACUGGCAAUGGUGAGAACACCAGCAUCAGUGCUACAACUGCAAUACUCAACACAAGCGUCACUCCCACUGCCAGUGUAAACACCACCAUUGCCUUUGCUAGUGUCAGUACUUCCAUUGUCAGUACCACAAAUGGUUAUGUCAACAACACCAGUGUCAGUGCCACAGUGGCAAGCCAGAACACCACUGUCAGUCCCACUGACAGUCUAAACAACAACAACACCAUUGGUAGUGUCAGCACUGCCACUCAUGACACCAUAACUGGCAAUGGCAAUAACACCAGCAUCAGUGCUACAACUGCAAUACUCAACAUGAGUGUUACUCCCACUGCCAGUGUAAACACCACCAUUGCCUUUGCUAGUGUCAGCACGUCCAUUGUCAGUACCACAAAUGGUUAUGUCAACAACACCAGUGUCAGUGCCACAGUGGCAAGCCAGAACACCACUGUCAGUCCCACUGCCAGUCUAAGCAACAACAACACCAUUGCUAGUCUGAGCACUGCCACUCGUAACACCACAACUGACAAUGGCGAUAACACCAGCAUCAGUGCCAACACUGCAAUACUCAACACGAGUGUCACUCCCACUGCCAGUGUAAACGCCACUUCCACCCUUGCUAGUGUCAGUAUUUCCAUUGUCAGUACCACAACUGCUUAUGUCAACAACACCAGUGUCAGUGCCACUAUGGCAAGCCAGAACACCACUGUCAGUCCCACUGCCAGUCUAAACAACAACACCAUUGCUAGUGUCAGCACUGCCACUCAUAACACCACAACUGGCAGUGUGGACAUCACCAGCAUCAGUGCCAACGCUGCAAGCCUCAACACCAAUGUCACUUCCACUGCCAGUGUAAACACUAUUAUCACCACUGCUAGUGUGAGUUCAGCCAUUGUCAAUAACACAACUGGUAAUAUCAAUAACAUCAGUGUCAGUGCCAAUACUGCAAGCCAGAACAACACUGUCAAUCCCACUGCCAAUCUACACAUCACCACCACUGCUAGUGUCAGCACUGCAACUUUUUUUAACACCACAAAUGUCGACAACAACACCAUCACUGCAACCACUGCAAGCCUCAACACCAAUGUCACAUCCACUGCCUCUAUCACCAUUGCUAGUGUCAGCACAGCCCCACUAAACAUCACACAUAGCAACGUCAAUACCACCAUCAGUGCUACGACUGCAAGCUCCAACACCAAUAUCACUCCGGCUCCCAGUGUCAACACCACCCUCACCAUUGCUAAUGUCAGCACUGCCACUCGUAACACCACAACUGGCAAUAACGAUAACACCAGCAUCAGUGCCAAUAAUGCAAUACUCAACACGAGUGUCACUCCCACUGCCAGUGUAAACACCACCAUUGCCAUUGCUAGUGUCAGUACUUCCAUUGUCAGUACCACAACUGGUUAUGUCAUCAACACCAGUGUCAGUGCCACUGUGGCAAGCCAGAACACCACUGUCAGUCCCACUGCCAGUCUAAACAACAACAACACCAUUGCUAGUGUCAGCACUGCCACAACUGGCAGUGUGGACAUCACCAGCAUCAGUGCCAACACUGCAAGCCUCAAUACUAAUGUCACUCCAGCUCCCAGUGUCAACACCACCCUCAUCAUUGCUAAUAUCAGCACUGCCACUCGUAACACUACAACUGGCAAUGGUGAGAACACCAGCAUCAGUGCUACAACUGCAAUACUCAACACAAGUGUCACUCCCACUGCCAGUGUAAACACCACCAUCACCUUUGCUAGUGUCAGUACUCCCAUUGUCAGUACCACAACUGGUUAUGUCAACAACACCACUGUCAGUGCCACUGUGGCAAGCCAGAACACCACUGUCAGUCCCACUGACAGUCUAAACAACAACAACACCAUUGCUAGUGUCAGCACUGCCACUCGUAACACCACAACUGGCAGUGUGGACAUCACCAGCAUCAGUGCCAAUACUGCAAGCCUCAACACCAAUGUCACUUCCACUGCCAGUGUAAACACUACUAUCACCACUGCUAAUGUGAGUUCAGCCAUUGUCAAUACAACAACUGGUAAUAUCAAUAACAUCAGUGUCAGUGCCAAUACUGCAAGCCAGAACAACACUGUCAAUCCCACUGCCAAUCUACACAUCACCACCACUGCUAGUGUCAGCACUGCAACUUUUUUUAACACCACAAAUGUCAACAACAACACCAUCACUGCGACCACUGCAAGCCUCAACACCAAUGUCACAUCCACUGCCACUAUCACCAUUGCUAGUGUCAGCACAGCCCCUCUGAACAUAACGCAUAGCAAUGUCAACGCCAACAUCAGUGCAACGACUGCAAGCGCCAACAUCAAUGUCAAUUCCAUUGCCAGUCUAAACACCAUCACCACCAUUGCUAGUGUCAGCACUGCCACUUUUAACAACACAACUGGCAAUUUCAACAACACCAACAUCAGUGCCACAAAUGCAAGCCUCAGCACCACUGUCACUCCCACUGCUGCGUUCAACUCCACCAUGGCUUUUGCUAGUGGCAACACUGUUAUCACCACAAAUGGGAAUAUCAAUAACACCACCAUCAGUGCCACCACUGCAAGCCAAAAUAUCACUGUCAGUCCUAAUGCUAGUGUAAACAUGACCAUAACCACUGCAAGGGUCAGCACUGCCUCUAUUAACACCACAAAUGUCAAUGUGAACAACAUCACCAUUGGUGCCACCACUGCAAGCCACAGCAUCAAUGUCCCUCCCACUGUCGGUUUCAAUGCCACCAUCCCUAUUGCUAGUGGCAGCACUACCACUCUUAACACCACAACAGGCAAUGUUGACAACAUCACCAUAAGUGCCACCACUGCAAGCCAGAGCACCACUGUCAGUCCCACUGCCAGGUUCAGCACCACUGUCACCUUUUCUAAUAUCAGUACUGCCCCUCUUAACACCACAACUGGCAAUGUCAACAACACCACCAUUAGUGCCACCACUGCAAGCCUCAACACCAGUGUCACUUCCAAUGUCAGUUUCAACACCACUGUCACUAUUGCUGGUGUCAGCACUCCCACUCUUAUUACCACAACUGGCAAUGUUGACAACACCACCAUUAUUUCCACCGCUGCAAGCCAGAACUCCACUGUCCAUCCCACUGCAAUUGUAAACACCUCCAUCCCCAUUGCACAUGUCAGCACUCCCACUAUGAACUCCACAACUGGCAAUGCUGAGAACACCACUUUUAGUGCCAACACUGCAUACCUCAACACCACCGUCAGUCCCACUGCCAGGUUCAACAGCACUGUCGUCUUUGCUAGUGAUAGUACUGCUUCUGUUUACACCACAACUGGCAAUGUCAACACCACCAACAUCAGUGCCAGCACUACAAGCCAGAACAUCACUGUUAGUCCCACUGCCAGUGUAAACACCACCAUCAGUAUUGAACAUAUCAGCAAUACCACUCUUAACACCACAAUUGCUAAUGUGGAGAACACCACCAUUAGUGCCACCACUUCAAGUCUCAAAAUCUAUGCCACACCCAGUGCCAGUGUAAACACCACAAUCCCCUUUGCUAGUAUCAGCACUGCCAGUGUUAAUACCACAACUAGUAAUGUUAACAACACCAAUGUCAGUGCAAAUAUUGCAAGUCAGAACUCCAGCAUUAUUACCCCUGCCAUUGUAAACACCACCAUCACCAUUGCUGAUGUCAGCAGUGCCACUGUUACCUCCAGAACUGGCAAUGCUAACACCACCAUUAGUGCCACCAAUGCAAGCCUCAACACCAGUGUCAGUCCCACUGUCAAUUUCAACACAACCAUCAAUAUUGCUAGUGGCAGCACUCCCACUCUUAUUACUACAAUUGGCAAGGUCGACAACACCACCAUUAUUUCCACCACUGCAAGCCAGAACACCACUGUCAGUCCCACUGCAAUUGCAAACACCUCCAUCCCCAUUGCACAUGUCAGCACUGCCACUAUGAACACCACAACCGGCAAUGUUGGGAACACCACCUUUAGUGCUAGCACUGCAUACAUCAACACCUAUGUCACUACCACUGCCAGUGUAAACACCAACAUCACCACUGCUAGUGUGAGGACUGCCACUGUUAACAUCACACCUGGCAAUGCCAACAACACUAGCAUCAGCGCCACCACUGCAAGCCUCAACACCAUUGCCACUUCCACUGCCAGUUUAAACACCACUAUCACUAUUGCUAGUGUCAACACUCCCACUUUUAACACUACAACUGGUAAUGUGGACAACACCAACACCAGUGCCACCACUGCAAGCCUCAGCACCACCAUCACUCCCACUGCCAGGUUCAACAGCACUGUCAUCCUUGCUAGUGCCAGCACUGCCUCUGUUUACACCACAACUGGCAAUGUCAACACCACCACCAUCAGUGCCAGCACUACAAGCCAGAACAUCACCUUUGCUAGUGCCAGCACUGCCAGUGUUAAUACCACAACUAGUAAUUUUAACAACACCAAUGUCAGUGCAACUAUUUCAAGUCAGAACACCAGCAUUAGUCCCCCUGCCAUUGUAUACACCACCAUCGCCCUUGCCACUGUCAGCCAUGCCACUCUUAACACCUCCACUGGCAAUGUCAACAACUCCACCAUCCAUGCUACCACUGCAAGCUACAGCAACACUGUCAGUCCUACUGUCAGCCCCAUCAUCACCAUUUCUAGUGUCAGUACUCCCGUUGUCAAUACCACAACUGGCCAAGUUGUCAACACCACCAUCAGUGCCACCACUGCAAGCUUCAACACCAAUGUCACUCCUACUGCCAGUGUAAAAACUACCAUCACCAUUGCUAGUCUUAGCACUAGUGACAACACCAGUCUCAGCACCACCAAUAGGAGUCUCAACACCACACUUCCAAGCAAAAAUACCCCUGUUCCCACUGAUGCACCUACCAUUGCCAUUACCACAGCUGGAAUUACCAUUAGCUCUAACAAUGCUACACCAGCCACCGUCACUACCAGCACUAGUGUCAGCACUGGUGCAAGUACCAUCAUCACCACUGGUGGAAUUACCUCCUCUGCCACCAUCACCAGUGUCACCACCACUACUCCCACUACCAUGGCACCACAGAUCAUUUGUCAAGGUGUAAAUAGGUAA